AAAGCUCCAUAGGGACCCGGUAACGUCACAGCCCAGCCCUCCAGCCUCCCCCCUAAAAGCUGAGCUGUGGAGCCAAGAAGGAGACAUGAGGAUGGAGUGAGUGAGAGCAGGCACAGUCCUCCCUCCUCACCCACCACCUUCUCAGCCUACCAAAUAUUUACACCAGCCGGGGAUCUACACCAAAGGAGAACACAGGAGCAGACAUGCACACAUCCAUAGAGUUAAAGAAAUCCAUCUCUGCCACCUUGGAGACAGACAAGCCAAUGAAGAGCUAUGGAGCAGUGGAGGAGACUGACUGGAAGGCAGGGGGGCUGGGGAGAAGAACAGAUCAACUUGACAUUGUGUCUAUGGCUGAAACGACCAUGACGCCAGAGGAAAUUGAGAUGGAAAUGACGAAAAUCCAGCGACUUCGAGAAGUCUUGGUGAGAAGAGAAUCAGAGCUCAAGUUCAUGAUUGAUGACAUUCAACUGUGCAAGGAAAUUAUGAGCCUGAAACAAGAACUGCAGAGCAUAGUAGAUGUUCUGGAGAAAGAGAAAACUAAUCAGCAGAAGAAGAGAGAAGAUGAACUGAUCCAGAAGAUUCAAAAGCUGGUACAGAAGAGGGACUUCCUUGUAGAUGAUGCAGAAGUUGAGCGAUUAAGAGAAAAAGAGGAAGACAAGGAGAUUGCAGAUUUUCUCCGGAUCAAAUUAAAGCCCCUGGACAAAACCACAAGGCCAGCUACCAGUGCCAUUCCCGAAAAGAAAAUGGAACUCCCACCAACGAAACCUUCUAUAACAAAAACAGGAAUGGCCAUCCUCAAAGAUUGCUGCGGGACCACCCAGUGCAGCGUCAUGUAACCCACAGCCUCUGUAUAGUCACAUGAAGGCUCCUACGCAAUGAUGGGUUCCUUAACAGAGGGAUCAGUGCACCCAGAAUCCUGCUACCAAGAACUGUACGUGCUGUAGAUAUUACAGUGACGCAUUUAUACAAUAGUGUAUCAAUAGUGAAUCCCUCGCUGUCGCAUGGAUCACUCAAUGAGCAUGUUUAAGAGGAGAGUGUAUGUACCAAGAUACCUUACAUAUAUAUGUAUACAGGGUGGCCAGCAAAUAGUACUGAUUUGUACGAGUGAUUACUUAGUAGAAAUAGCAGUCUGUGUUCUGGUCUCCUAUGGGAAAUUAACAUGCUGUAUGAAGUAUGACUGUGAGUAACCAAUACCAGUGACCUGCCUAAGGCCCAGACAACUUGUGUCUUUUGCGAUAUUUAAAAUGCUGUUUAUCUGCCAGGAUGACAUGACAGGAACGAGGUACAUUCCACAUCUCAAAACAAAUGGUAACACAAAAUAUUAUCCAACAGGGUAAAUAAAUCACAAAUCAAGUAUUUCUUUUUACUGCCUUACAAUUUCAUUCUACAACCCCCUGGAAAGUAUAAAAGCUUAGUAAAUAUGCUAUAGCACAUACAGUACUGAAGCAGUCCAACAGACAUGUAAUAUAUCUGACUUGCUCUAGACCAGUCAUGAACAACCUGUGGCAUGAGGUCUGCAUGCGUCCCUUGACCUCCUUAUGGGGGAAGUGUAUCAAACCUUGGAGAUAGAUAAAGCGGAGUCAUUGCCGAAGUCAUUUUAAAGGCUGUGCUAGAUAAAUAACAGUUAGAAAGCCAUUGGGUGCUUUGUUCAACUUCUCUACUUUAUCUCUCUCCAAGUCUUGAUACAUCUCUCCCCUUAUGCUGCACUCUGGUGAGCGCUCCAGAGAGAGCCACCACCCCGGUGCUGUUUAUUGUUUUUCUCUUUCUCAGUGAUAUUUCUGUACCUUUUAUUUUUCUGCACCCAAUACUGGGGAGAGGGUUGAGAAUUACUCACCGGUGCGGGACUAGACGCAGACAUGCCUGUGACAGGCAGCCUGACAGCCAAUCAAAUUAGCUGCCAUGCAUCUGUUUUUGCAGAGAAGUGGCCGCAGGGCUCUCAGUCUCGAUAAUGUAAUCAUUAUUAUCACAAGACUGCCACUAAGCGCUUUUAUGACUCGAUGCUCCAAUUCUACUCUGACAGGCAGACUGAGCCACAAUUUCUAGACCAGGUAAGUAUAUUUUUUUUAUGGAUCGCCACACUUCAUCAUUAUUAAAGUUAUUAUACUCCAUAGUAUGGAAUACGCCAACAUGUUCAGACAAUGAAUCUAGCAAUGUUUUGUUUUGUUUCUUUUAAUAGAAAGUAAUGGAAUUAUAGUUAUUUAAAUCCCUACUGAAAAAACAAAUGUCUUGGUGUCUAUUGUAUUUUAGAGAGUUCUCUAUAAUUUAUUAUCAUUCCCAAAGUCAAAGCCAGACUGGGACUUUUAAGCAAACUUUUGCAUGCAAAGCACACAAGUCCACAUUUAUUUACAUGUCUGAAGCAAAAAAAAAAAAAAAAAAAUCCCCUAAAAUAAAUGGCCUACUGUAGGGAGCACAUUCUGUACGAGCCUCGGGAUCUCAGGAUUGCAUCUGUUUGAUGUCACCGCCACCUACAAAGUGGGAGUCAAAUGGAGAGAGCACAGUAACACUGCAGGGAGAUGUGUUGUGAUGGUGUUGCUGCAGAUGUGAGGAAAUGUGUUGCUAUAGGGGAAUGUUGUUGCUACAGGGGGAAAAAAAGAGUGUGUUGCUACAGGGAAAAAGGGAACUUAUUGCUAGGGGGAAAUGAGAAUGUGUUACUACAAGGGAAAGGAGCAUGUGUUGCUACAGUGUAAAAGAGAGUAUGUUGCUACAGGGAAAAAGGGAAUGUGUUGCUACGGUGUAAAAUAGAGUGUGUUGCGACGGGAAAGAGGAAUGUGUUGAGACAUGGGAGAGGGGAAUGUGUUGCUAGAGGGGAAAGGGGACCUUGUUGCUACAGGAGAAAGAAGAAUGUGAGAGUGUGUUACUACAGGGGAAAGGGGAAUGUGUUGCUACUGCGGAGGCCACAUCCCUGGAAGCAGGGCAUCCUGCUUUGGACCAUUGUACACACUUGUCUCCAUAGGAACCUUUUAACAUUGCUGCAAGGACUUUUCCACUACUAAAUUAUAUGGGGGAGAUUUAGCAAAGUUUGGAGAGAGAUAUAAAGUGGAGAGCGGUAAAGUACCAACUACUCAGCUUUUGACAUUUUACAGGCUAUGCUAGUAAAAUUACAGGUGCUGAUUGGGUGGUACUUUUUCUCUCCAAGCAUUGAUGAAUCUCCCCUUAUAUAUUUGACAAGUUUUAAGUAAGUAGAGUUUUAUUGUGGCCCCGUCAAUGAGUAUGAUCUCCGUUGUUCACCCCUGCUCUAGAUUGAUGAAAACAAAGGUCUAAUGGAAUUGCGUGGGCUACAGCAAAUUUCUGAUAUCUUUCCCAUACUGUGACAUAAGCCUGUAAGUUUAAAAUGCAAGUGGUAAUGUUAUUUACGUAAUUGUUUUAUAUUACACCAUCCAUUGCAUGUAUAAUACCAUGGUCACUAAUAUGCUCAUAUAAAUUCUUACUUAUUACCCACUGCGGAACCAGAAGUGUUCAGUCUACAAGUUCCUUCCAUCCUACUGAGGCUACCUAUGUACUGAUUCUUUUCUAGAUAAUUGUGUUCUUGUAAUAUGCAUAUGCACUAAAUCUAGAAUGAGCAGGCACAAUACUGUGAAAUUUAAAAAGAAAUAGUAGAAAAAUGUCUGUACGGACAUUUGUGCAAAUCACCACUCCCACCUUCUGUAAAAUAAAAUUGCUUUGACACACCUUAUUCUCAAAAAUGGAAGGACAAAAUGUUGGAAAAUAUUUAUAAGUAAAAUAAUAAUAAUAAUAAUAAUAAUAAUAAUAAUAAUAUAGUUUUUAACGCCAAUUUCUGAAAAAUAAUUUUGCUACUAGAUGGUUACAAGAUACACUAGACUUACGUCAUCAAUGUCCUGUGCAUUUUAAAGCACAUGAAACACCCAAAAUACACAGGCCCACAACAUGAUUUAAUCCAUGGUGCUCGUUGUAGUGCUUUGUGUUGCUUGUAUGUUCUGUUGCCGAGUGCUAAUUCUACAUUCUUGGCUUUGGCUGAAAAUCUUAAUUGGAAUGCUACAUAAAACAUGCAAAACAUGAAAGUACAUGCAUAUAAAUGUACUGUAUUUUGUCAUAAUUAUGUCAAAUGCACUAAAAUGUUAGUAUGCUCUUUACCAUAAAAGGCUUGCUGUAUAUUGUAGUUAUCGCCCAACUAAAAUAGUCAAAUUGGUCAUAUCGGUUUGGUAUCGAAAUACCGGCUGUAGGAAUCCCCAUGGAUCCCGGUAAGUAUUUUAACCCUAACCCUUCACCUGACUCACCCCUCUCACAAGCCCAACCCUAACCAUCCCAGCUCGCAGCCUAACCCUAACCGAACCCCUAGUGCCUAACCCUAACCCAAAAACUAACCCUAAAACAUCCGUUAGCAUUGUGAGCGUCGGGAUCCCGACUGCCAGGAUCUGACUACAUCCCAUCAUAUCAUGUGUUUGAGAAGAUGCCGGUAUUUUGACAAAUACCAUGGAAAACAACAUAACAAUGGGUGAUAUUGCCUUCAGUCAAUUUUCUAUUUGUUUCAACAACAAAAAAAAAAUGUAAGCUUAAAUACAUUUCAUUACUCCACUGAAGAGAAUAUGGGACACAAUGUAUUUUACCAAGUCUGUGUAAAAUAAAGAAUAUAAAAAAAUCCAGCAAUUUGUUGAAUUUGUUAAGUAUUUUCCUUGCAUAUUAAAAAAUCACUGUAUGUGAAAACAGUAGAAUAUGUAUGUCUUAGGACGUAUUAUACUGUGAAUUACAGCUUGUAAGUAAAUAAAUUAUUGUAUCUUUGUGGCUUUCAAAAUAUAGUUGUAAUUUCAAUUUACACAUUGAUAUUUCAUCUCUAAUACUUAAAUGAUGUUAAACAAAAUAAAACAAGAUGAUCUUUU